AUGCAGACUUUUGCUUCAGCCCUUGCAUUGGCCGGAGCUGGUUUCGCUGCUAUUUAUGCAUUUUAUCCUGUUCCAAGACUCUCCUCUAAAAUUGAGAAAUGGAGAGCUAAUGGUUCUUAUAAAAUGUUUCGCGAUUGCAAAGUAUACUAUAGAGAUGAGGAAGGUCGGCGAGAUAAUGAUGCAAUUCUAUUAAUUCAUGGUUUUACUCAAAGUUCCUAUGAUUGGCGAAGAAUCUGUAGCCAAUUGAAAACAAUCAAUCGACGGGUUGUUUCUGUAGACAUGCUUGGCUGCGGUUUCAGUGAUAAGCCAAAUAAUACUACCUAUGAUCUAGCAUUUCAUGCCGAUUUAUAUGAGCAUAUGAUGUAUGAGCUUGGUAUACAAGACGUUCAUAUCUUUGCAAGCGACAUGGGUGCUAAUGUAGCUAUGGAAUUAUUAACAAGAUACGAAGAUCGAAAAAGAAGUAAGACAAGCGGUAGCGCUCAAAAUCUUAACAUUAAUAGUUUAUGUGUCUUAAAUGGUCGUGUAAUAGUUGAAGACACCUACAUAAUGCCAAUAGAAAAAAUAAUAUUGUUGCCCUAUGUUGGUGCUUUUAUUGCUCGUUAUGUGUAUGGCUUCCAUUUAUUUGCUAAUACUAUUUUCAAGUUUUAUGGACCAACUAGGUAUUUUAUUUUUGGUAUGGCUGAUUCACAUAUCAGUAAAACCAUUAUCGAUACUUGGAAGCGAAAGGUAUCGGAGGACUCUAUUGCAGAGCUAGAUCAAGCAGGUCACUAUCCACACUUAGAAAAGCCUCAAGAAACGUUUGAAAUAUACAAAAAUUUCAGGAAAUCUCUAUUAUCAAAUUAA